CGCACUCUCUGAAAAGUACAGCCCAGCAUCUCAAAAAUUCUCUCACUAGUUACUGCACAUUUUUUUGAGAAGAACUUUGAUAGCUACAUAUACAUACAGAAAUAUUAAUGUUUAUAUCUGAGUUUAGAAUGUUUUUUAUGUAUGUUUUUUUCAAUCAAUGAUGCUAAUGGACAAGUAUAACGAGCGUAUGCGAAUUUCAGUUUUGUUGAUUUGAACAGACAGUACUGUUUGAAUCCAGUUCUGGGCUUGGUAAAGGCUAAUGAUUUAGGAUGUACAGAGACAAAGGUUACUUCUUUGAAUUUAAAUUUUUUAUUUUCAACGGGUGCUAUAUUCUCAGUCAGGAGGGUUAUGCCAGUUUGUUGAAUAUUUAUUAAUUUUGGCUUCAACUGGUUGUGCGUAAAUUCUUAAUUAAAUUGUAAAAUAAUUUCAUGUUGCGCAUACUUCUUUGUAACUUGUUGAGGCAAAUGUUAGUUCAAAGAGUGUGAUCAGUAGUUGACAGAGUAGAUUAGAGUGUUGUUUUUGACUAAAAAGAUGGUGCCACAAGGGUCACCCUCUCCGCUCGGUGGAGCCCAGCCUGGUCCUCCCACACCAUUGAGAUCAAAUUCUGGUUCGUUGAGUGGUCAAGGGAGUGGGAUGCCUUCGCAUAAUCCAUUCCUGUCUCCCCAUAACCAGUUCAAUAACAUGAACAUGCUGGGGAAUGCAGUCAAUGUUUCGUCUUUGCUCCAGAACUCACUUGGUAAUGGUGGCCAGAGUUCUGGACUCUCUGUUCUUGGGAAGCGGCGGCUUGUUGAAAACGGGGCAGAAUCUGAUCCAUUUUCUGGCGUAGCAAAUGGGACAGGAAUUAAUACAUAUCCAUAUAUGUGUGCGUCUGUCACUACCAACCCUAACUCAUCAGGUCAAGUUCAAGGGCAACAACAACAAUUCCCGAAUGCUUCUGGCAACCAAAUAUUGGCUGACCAGCUACACACCCAGCAACUUGAUACUCAGUAUUUUCAGCAUAAUCAGAAACAGUUGCAGCAAUUUUCCGUUCCUGGCAACCAACAACAGCGGCAUACAUUUGAUACAGAGCGAGCUGAACUAGGAGGGGUUGGACCUGUUAAGCUGGAGACACAAGCAAUGAAUGAUCAAACACCACAGCAAUUGCAAGCUUUGAGGAAUCUUGGUACUGUGAAAUCCCAACAAAUGCAAAGUAUGAGAAGCUUGGCACCUGUCAAAAUGGAAUCCCAACAACCAGAACCGUCUUUCUUUUUAAAUCAGCAACAGCAGCAACUCCUACUGAGGCAGUCUUCUCAAGCUGCUGCAGGUGCACAAAUGUUGCAUCAACAGAGACUUAUGCAGAUCCAGCAUCAGCAACAACAGCGAGACUUGAAACCUAUGCCUCAGCAAAAAUCUCAGCUACUAGCACAAUUUCAACCACAGAAUUUGCCUAUUAGGUCUUCUGUAAAGCAGGUGUAUGAGCCUGGGAUGUGCGCAAAACGGCUAACACAUUAUAUGCAUCAGCAGCAGCAAAGACCCGAAGACAAUAACAUUGAGUUCUGGAGAAAGUUUGUUGCCGAAAAUUUUGCACCAAAUGCCAAGAAAAAAUGGUGCAUUUCAAUGUAUGCAAGUGGCCGCCAAACUACUGGAGUUUUCCCUCAGGAUGUUUGGAACUGUGAAAUAUGCAACCGCAAGUCGGGUCGUGGAUAUGAGGCAACUGCUGAGGUCCUGCCUAGACUAUUCAAAAUAAAAUUUGAAAGUGGUACUAUGGAAGAGCUACUCUAUGUUGAUAUGCCGAAGGAGUAUCAGAAUUCGUCUGGGCAAAUUGUUCUGGAUUAUGCGAAAGCAAUUCAGGAGAGCAUCUUUGAGCAACUUCAUGUUGUUCGUGAUGGGCAACUUCGAAUCAUAUUUUCACCUGACCUCAAGAUAUGCUCCUGGGAGUUCUGCGCUCGGCGUCAUGAAGAGCUUGUUCCUAAAAGAUUGCUGAUACCUCAGGUUAGCCAACUUGGGGCUGCUGCCCAAAAAUACCAGGCAGCUACCCAGAAUACAUCAGAUGUCUCUGUUUCGGAGCUUCAAAAUAACUGUAAUAUGUUUGUUUCUUCAGCUCGCCAGUUGACCAAAGCCUUGGAAGCUCCAUUGGUAAAUGAUGUGGGAUAUACAAAGAGAUACGUGCGAUGCCUACAGAUAUCAGAAGUGAUAUCAGAAGUGGUAAAUAGCAUGAAAGAUUUGAUCGACUACAGCAGUGAAUCUCACGCUGGUCCUAUGGAGAGCUUGGCGAAGUAUCCUCGGCUGAAUCCUCCGCCUGAUUUUCUUGGUGAACCUCAACAACUGGAGGGCCGGCUACAGCAGCAACAGCAACAGCAACAGCAAAUAAUGGUUCAGAAUUCGAAUGAUGAUGGUUCUGUCCGGGCAGUGCGGCAGCAGAUUGCUUCUACCAAUGGAGGCAUGCUGAGUGUCAGUAAUACUCUGAACUCAGUCCCUGUAACAUCCUCUGCUGGUACCAAGAUUGGGCUUGUUCACCAAAACUCAAUGAACUUUAGACGGCAAAAUAUGAUGUCUAAUAUAAACAGUCCUUACAGAAGCAAUAAUGUGCAGUUGCCAUCCCCCGUUUCUUCCAAUACCAUGCCACAACCUCAAACCAGUACUCCCUUUCAAUCACCAAUGCCGUCAUCAUCCAAUAAUCCACUGCAACAAACUUCACAUUGUGGCUUAUCAGGAGCACACACGAAUUUGAAUUCACCAAAUAUUUCAAUGCAGCAGCCGGCUCUUCCUGGGGAUGCAGAUGCUAAUGACUCACAAAGCUCUGUUAAAUUUUUUUUAGAAGAAAUGAUGUCUUCCCAGCUUGGCGGAAGCAACUUGAUAAACAAGGGGACGGUGAGUAAUGAUGCGAAAAACGUCAAUGUACUGCCAUCGUCCAACAAUAAUAGCGGUUUAUGUGGAAGGAAUGGUGUUGUAGGAAACAGAGUGGCCAAUGGUAACCUAAGUAUUGGUGGUGUAGGUUUCGGAACCAUGGGCAAUGGGCUCGGGCAAUCUGUUAUGGCGAAUGGGAUUCAUGCAACACUAGACAAUAACUCUAUGACUAUGGAUAGAAGAGCAGGCAUGACAGUGGCCCAAGAGCAGAGCAUGAAUCGGCGGCAGCAGGACUUGGGGAAUCAGCUGCUCGGUGGACUUGGAGCAGCCAAUGGUUUCAAUGACCUUCAGUUCAAUUGGAAGCCAUCCCCUUGAUAAAUUCUAUGUUUUGCUGGCAUUGGAGUAAAACAUAAGAAGGAAAUUAAGGAGUUCCCUUUAAGAAGAUGGGAAAAUACAUGACGAUAAAAGGAUAAAUGCUUUCAGGACUAUCUUCCCUGACGUAAUAAGUUGAGGAAAAAGGAAGGCACAAGGCAAUGUGUUUCAUAAUUGAAAUGUUACAUCAUCUUAAGGUUUCUAAUUUCCUUCCUAACAUGAAUUCUUGUGGUUCUGUGACAACUGCUUAUACAUGGUAGCAGUUGAUCCAAAGAUAGCUGGCUUUGAAUUAACCGAAUAUCUGCUUACUCCUUCAUCGCCCUACAUGCGAGUGUACAUAAAGUUUUGAUUUGCCUGGAAGCAAGUAUAGUAGUCUACUAUUGAACUUUCAAGAUUUGGCCUUGAAUUAUAUUACUCUUGUUUUGAGUAUGCUUUUGUAGCCUUUUUUACAGUUGACAUUUCUCUAUAACAAACCAUACAUUAUCAGGUGC